AUGGGUAACAUUUCCAUCUUUGUCUGGAUAAAGAUAAUUCUAAAUCCUAAAGGUCUGCUUGGUCUAGAUGAUUGUGAUGUAAAGUAUUUUCAGCUAUAUGCUCUAAUAGUCCUAGACCAAAUUUGGAUGACAAGGAACAAAACCAGGUUUGAAGGAAAGAGUUCCAAUCCUUUAGAGCUUUCUAGACAAAUUCUGAGAUCAUAUGAAGAACAUAAACAAGCUUGGAAAGACAAUCUUCACAGCCCUAUAAGGAAAGCGAUAUGGAAGCCCCCUCCAUAUGGGUGGGUUAAAUUAAAUUUUGAUGUAGCUAUAAGAGAAGAAAAAACUUCUCUAGCUAUAGUGGGCAGGGAUGAUAAAGGAGAACUGUUGUUUGCUUGGGCAGAACAAAUUGAACCAGGUAGUCCUCUAGUGGGUGAAGCUAAGGCAGCACUUUGUGCCAUUAAGAGAGCCAUUGAAAAUGGGUUUUCUAAAAUCAUAGUGAAAGGUGAUGCUUGGAAUGUGAUAGAUCCUUUGAGUAAUGCAGAAAAGACACCUCACUGGAGUAUUGUAGAGGUGGUUACAGAUAUUUUGUAUUUUGUAAAGUGUUUCGAUUCUAUUGUAUUUUCUUUUGUGUACAGAGAGGGCAAUGUUCCAGCCCAUCUUUUAACCCAAUGGGCGGCUUUUGUUAAUUGGGUAGGGCCAAUUCCCAUCUCUAAGGUCCCUCUCCUAGUUUCUGAGGCUGUGGAGAGAGAUGGCUUUAGGCCCCUCCGUCUUUUGUACUCUGUAAGUCAUAAAUAA